UACCAGUUUUAACGAUGGCUAGGAAUGGAUUCGGUUUAACAGUAUUAACUGCAAUUGCAAUUCUUAGUUGCAAUUUAGUAAUCUUUGCCGAUGAAGCCCAAUGUCCUUCAAAAGAUGGAUUUCUGUGUAAACAGAGGGAUAUCACCAAGGUGACAGAAGACCUAACAGAGCUGAUUGACAGUAUGUCAACAGAAUUGAAGGCAGAUAUGAAUGCCCUGAGGGAACAGAUAUCAGAGCUGUGCAAAAUGACACCAAGUUGUUACAGGGCCUGUCCCACAAGUGAUCAAAUUGGUUGUUCAGAAAAAACAGCUGCAAAAUCAUGUCUUGAAAUCCUACAAGCAUAUGAAAAUCCACCCCCAUCAGGCAUAUACUGGGUAAACUUGAGUCGCAAUAACAAAGUUCAGGUAUACUGUGAUAUGACUACAGAGGAAGGUGGAUGGAUGCUUGUUUGGCGGUUUACUUUCACAAAUUACGACGACUUUGCCGCACUGAAUAAUUCAAUAACACCAAGACCAAGUUGGAACCUGGAUGCGUUCAUGAGUGAAGAAGGGAUCGCAGAUGUUAAAGUUCCCGUGUCAAAAACUCCGCCUCGAUCUGAGGAACAACUUGGGGCACUUGAAUUUAAAUACUGGAAACAAAUUGGGAAGAGCUUUAUCAUUAAAUCGAACAUAAUCAACUGGAUUAUGUGUGAGGAAGAUGAAGGAGGCAUCACAACGGAAUUCAAAGAUGGUGAAAUAAAAUGUAAGGUGAUAAAAGUGAUCAACACGGAUGCAACCAACUGCACAACCGUUGCCCCUAAUUCGGCAUGGUGGAGUAUCUGUGGCUUAAAUCUGAGAACUGGUAGAAGAAAUUCAAAUUACAUCAAGUUUGAUAUACGAGAUACGAUUUGUUCUGCGCAAUGGGAUCCCUGUGGCAAAGGCCCCAGAAAUGGACAUGUUCGCAACGUCCCUUUCCCUCAUGGCAGUAUCUUUAUUCGAUAAUUCCAAUACAUUACGAUUAUAAUAGGUUGUGGUAUGAUCAGAGAGAAUUUUACUUGAUACUGUACGAGAAAGAAAUGUGCAUUGACAUAGGAAAUGGGAACCAGAAAUACAUUAUGAUAAAACAUUUAUUCGGAAAUAAAUCAGAA